AUGGGGGAGUGGUCAGAUAGCAAUUUGGUGUGUUUGAGGCGUAUACUCCGUAUUUUUCAUAUGUGUUCGGGCUUACGGAUUAACAUCCAAAAGUCUACUCUAUACGGUGUGGGUAAAAGUGUAGAAGAGGUGGGUCUGAAGGCGAGUGAGUUGGGUUGCCAAGCGGGGGUAGCUCCUUUUACUUAUCUUGGGAUAAAGGUUGGGGCAAACUUGAAUAGAGUUAGUAGUUGGGAGCCGGUGGUAAAUGUGUUUAAGAGUAGAUUGACACGGUGGAAGUCAAAGGUGUUGUCGAUUGGAGGUAGAUUGACUCUUAUUAAAUCUGUUCUGGUUAGUCUCCCUUCGUAUUAUUUCUCUCUUUUCAAGGCUCCUGUUGGGGUGAUAAAUGUGUUGGAAGGGUUAAUCAAAAAAUUCCUAUGGGGAGGUAAUGUUGACGUGAGAAAGUUACAUUGGGUGGGUUGGGAUGUAGUUACAAAGCCGGUUAAAUAUGGUGGGUUGGGAAUUCGCAAGUUAGGAGAUUGUAACAAAGCCUUUUUGGUUAAGUGGUUAUGGAGGUAUCGUCACGAAAGAAACGCUUUACGGAGAAGAGUGGUGGAAGCUAUUCAUGGGUCGCAACGUAAGUGGGAUGCAUAUCCGCAUAAUUCUAGAAUUAAUGGUACAUGGUCUAAGAUAGUUACUUGUGGGUUACGGCUGAAAGUUGGAGAUCGAAGCAGCCUAAAUUUGAUCAGGGGACGGGUUGGGAAUGGUUUGGAUAAUUAUGUUUUGGAUCGACCCAUGGGUUGA